UCGGCUACUUCCCCUUUCGCUACGUAUCAACACUGACGGCACUAUUUACUUUCCACCACAUACUCAGCAGACAAACUUUAGCGUUCGAAGAGAGUGUUUGAAUUUUCUCCCAGACUUUAGGAAGAUUUGAAAACAUUUGAUCAUGGAUGGAGAUGUGCUGUCGUUGUCUUCUUUCUCGUCAUUAUCUUCCUCAGCAGCGUCCGGGACACAGAAAGAAACUUCACCAAAGAGCUACAGCAGCCUCCCUCAGAGCCAACAGGAUCACAAAUCAACUGAAGAAUUAUGGAUGGGGGAUGUGGGUCCAGUGGGAGGCCGGCUGCUGUCCACUGAGGAGCAGGUCACUCUGAUCACUGAGAGCAUGAUCGUCACCUCCACUGACCAGGAGAAACUUCAGCUGCUCAACAAGAACACUGAGCUCCGCAGAGUCAACAAAGAGCUGAUGAAGCUCAAUGAGGACUGGGACCAGGUGUACCGCAGUGCCACGCUGGGUCUACAGAGCAGACUGGAGGCGUUGGAGCUUGAGAACACUGCCAUCAAACAGCUCAACGGCAGACUGCUGCUCAAAGUCGACCACCAGCAGAGUGCAAAGGAGUACUAUGAGCAGGCGUUGAUGCAGGAGCUGAGAAAGAACCAGGAGCUGCAUGAAUACAUCAGAUUGUUGGAAAACAGAAUGCACCAGCCGGACAGAGACAGACCUCCUGCCCCACAGGGCAGCUUCAGUGCUGUGAUACGCGGUCCUGUGUCGGGCCCCAUCACUGAUCCUCCUGAAUGUCCCGAACUGUUGCCCAGUCACGUCCCUGGGUACAGCCCCUCAUCCACCUUUUCACACCCUUCGUCCAGCCCAGAGGCAGGGCGGCAAGGAAAAAGCCAGAAAAGUGCUACCCCACUGGGAGAAGUGAAGGCUCUAAAAGAGCAGCUGGAGGCACUGCAAUGUCAGACCCAAAUUUAUGAAGAAGAAUAUCAGACAGAGCAUAAUGACCAUAAACACACGCUGCAAGAGAACCGCAGGCUGAGGAGGAAGAGGGAGGAGACGCGCCAACAGGUGGCACUGCUGCAGGAGCAGCUCAAGGUCUAUGAGGAUGACUUCCGACGGGAGCGGUCUGACAAACAGAUGCUGCAGCGGCUGUUGCUGAAGAAAACGCCUCCGAACAAGGACCCCGUGCUCGUCCACCGCUGCAAUAAUGAGCAGCAGCCAGCAGGAGGAGACACGAGGACACAGAGUGGAGAGAAGAGAAAACAGCACCACCCACUCUGCCCCAAACACCCAAACAGGGACUAGGAGUCAGACUGAAGGUGGGGGGGGGGGAACAUCAUCAUAAAACACAGUCAAAUUAAGUUUUUAAUUAAUGACCCUGCUAAAUGUUAGCACUCAAUCUUCACUUAUCCUUCACCUUCCUCACUGACAGCACUUCAAUCUGAUUAAUGAAGACAAAUUCAUGUUGUUGUUUAUGGAAAAUAGUCGAAUAUGAGCAUAUCAUUGGUUAGAUACAUUUCUGUUCUUUAGGGUUUGUUCGGCUACCCCUCAAAAUAAAGAAGGUUAUAGUUAAAUUGAAGUUUAUUUUCUACAGGGACUUCCUGUAUAUUACUGACCAUAUCAGAACAAGUUCUCAGUUUGUUACGUAUAUUUAAUUAAUAUAUCUAAUACAAAUAUUUGUUGAUACAUCUCAAUAUACCCUAGCUGUUUCUCUAAAGGUAAUGUUUUUGUUUACUCAGAAUUUGACACAUUUUAAAGCCAUUAAAAAAUAUAAUUUCUCAAAAUAAUAAAAGAUAUAUACUUGAUAUAAGGGUGCUGGUAGUUUGUUACUUAUUUUAAACGUCUCAGCGUAAUAAUAGUUACCCAGCUUACGUCUAAAGGUUAUAUUGUCUCUUCUUUAUAUGCUGCAUCACUUUUGAGUCUGUCAAAUUGUUUCCCCUGAAGUGUCUAUGCUCAUGAAUGCAGCCACAAAGACACAAUAAAAGUCAAUGACACUGGAAUGUCAGACCAGUAAGCUGCUCAGUGUUGGGACGCCCCCCGAACAGAUGCUGAGGAUCCCUGCCUCUGGAGUGUGCUGCUGAGAUAAUGUUUCUCCUGACUCUGAAGGAAGCUGAGCGCUUUACUGCUGCAUGGUCACCGGUCCUCUGAACUGAAAAUACUGACACAUAUCGUCUCACUGGGGUUUUUCCUCUGUGUAUUAUUUACUCAGCAGCCUUGUCAUUUUCCUCUGAGAGACUGUGAAACAUUCCUCAACAUGUUUUCUGUAUCACGGCCCUAAACAUGAAGUUAGUUUUGCGGAAGAGUUUAUAACAAGUUAUCUAUUAAGAGGUUAUUUAGACAUUGAAGUAAUGAGUGAUAAAAUGCUCACACACAAACAUUUACACACUUUAAAAAGUCAAUGACAUCAUGCGUCAGCUGCUUGGAGACUGAAAAAACCCCACAAGGACAAAUUAUGACUCUCUACUCACAGUGAGGGAUGUGAUGAUGCUGCUGUUUCUUGACCACACAGACAACAAUCUGUGUCCUUAAACUUUGAUCUCCCACAGUUUUUAAGAAACGAAAUUGACAUCGAUUUCCUCUUUCUUCCUCCUUCCCUAUUUAAAAAAUCCAAAUAUGAGUGCCUGGUGAACAAAUAAGGGACUGUAUUAAAACAAUAAGUUAUUGAAGUUAUUUUCUUAACUCUUCAAUAGCGUUUAGGCCUGGAGCUCGCCUCACUUAAUUUAGAGAGUGGCUGUGGUUUUCUUUAUUUUCUUGUGCUUUCCAUAAUUUGAUGUUGAGGUUGUUGCAAUUUUUUAGGGAUACAGUAGGUUAUGAAGAAGAAAACAGUUAAAAAUGCAGUGGAGGGCCUCACUUUUUGACCAAAUUAAAUGUUAAAUUCCCCCUUCUCAUCCUUUUUUGUGAACAACAUCAGUUUGAUGCAGAAUGAGACAAACCUACAAAGUCUACUGAUAUGAAGCAAUACAUAUAAAUGGUAAAUAAAAAAUAUGAAAUAAGGGAAAAAACUGAAAUAAAACUAUGAAUGAA